AUAAUCUAUUCCUCUGUCAACAAAACACCAAACUUAAUCUAUUUCCCUUUUUGAGAGACCAAAGUAAAGAAAGAAAUCAAAACAAUGUUUGGAGGCAGUCAAUUGGACUCAUUUUCUGGCGGAGGUUUUAUGCCUUCUCAAUCAACUCAAGGCUCCGAUCCUUCACGCACUUCCGCUAAGAGUCGUGAUAACCCACAUCUGCUUCCGCUAACAGUGAAACAGAUAAGCCAAGCAAUACAAUCAAGUGAUGAGAAAUCUAAUUUUGUUAUUGAUGGUGUCGAUGUCAAUAAUAAAUUUUCCGACAAGUGGAAAUGCAAACAUCUCUCACAGUUCAAAGGCUUUUUCCCAGGACCGACACUUACCAAUGGGCAUCACAUUAUCAAAUAG